AUGGCGAAACGUCCCGAGAAGACGGACGCCGAGAGGGAGGACGUCGAGCUCGAGGGCGCGGAGAGUCUCCUGGCGAAGCUGAAGAAGCAGUACCGAAUGAUGGAGAGGAACCGGCGCCAGUACCGAGACGAGGCGACCGUCCUGCUGGUGCGGCAGAGGAAGAUCCUGUCGGAGCUGCAGAAGGAGAAGGGCGACUUAGAGAACCACUUGACGGCCAUGGUGAACCCGCAGAACGAGUCACGUGACCAGCGAACCAUCUCCACCCUGGCUUCCACACUCGACCGCCAGGCCAAGUACCAACAGCUGAUCGAUGAGGAGAGGGAUAAGAUCAGUGACUUGGACGGCUCCAUCGCAGCGGCCGAGAAGAAAGUCCGAGAAUCCAGGCGCCGAGUCCCGUCAGCCCGCCAGCUCGAGUCCCGCCGGAUGACUGCUCUCAGCGCCAAGAAAGCUCUGCAGAACCGCAUCCAGCAGGCAACAGUCCGCCUCAAUGCUGUGCUCGCUGACAAUCGCGUCUUGAGGACAAACCUUGAAAACCUGUUGAAAGAACGAGACAAAUUCAUGCUUCAGGCUCAGCGACUGGAAAAACAGCUGCAAGGAACAGUCAAGAGAAAGAGUGACGUCAUGGACCAGGUCACCAAAGCAUAUUCCGAGAGAGACGAAGCCCAGACGAAGAUGCGAGCCCUGAGAGAACGCGCCGAACGUGACGCCCAGCAGUACACCCACGAACUGAAGAAGCUGCAGCGCGCCCUCGAUCACCAGCAGCACCUGAGGGCUUUCGUGGCCACAAUCUCUGCAGGAGAAGAAGAGGAGAUGUCGAGGCGAAAGGGAGAUGGUGAAGGCGUAGAACCCAGGGGACCAGAACAGACCCUAAUCACCUACAGGGCCUCCGUGUCUCACCUGAGGGAGAUGAGCGGCGAGGACUCGGUGGAGUCACUGGUCACGAACUACCUGCAGGCGGAGAAUGACAACUACACGCUCUUUACCUACAUUUCUGACCUGAAUAAUGAGGUCACCAGCUUGACCACGGAAGUCCGGCGUCUCCGAGAGCAGAUCGAGGACACGCGAAACAAGAGCGCCGAACACGAACGGGAAACGCAGCGCACCAUUUCGCAGUUGCUGGCCGACGUGGAGAGCGCCGAAGAGGCAGUAGAGCUCCUGGAGGCUGACCUCAGGCGCGCGGAGGAGACGCUGACGGAGAUGAAGACGGCGACGCAGGAGCUCUUCGACCUGAUGCAGUGCGACCCGCAGCCCGUGGUGGCCAUCGUGGGCGGAGGAGAGAUCACCAGCGCGUCCGUGUCCGUUUACCUCUCCGUGGUCGAACAGCGCGUCCACGAAGUUCUGCAGCUGAGACAGUUCCUGCUGGCGGAGGAGCUGGGUCCUGGAUCAGGGUUCGGGGACGACAUUCCUCACGACGAUGGAUCCGAAGGGAGGUCUUCAUCGGCCUCGUCCACGCGCUUCAUCCUGCCCAUCGGGAAGCCCCAGUUGAGCCACGCUGCACAUGCCAACGACGAGGAGCCAGUGAACGGCGGUCCUCUCACCCAUGUGGACCUCAUGUCCAACAUGAGGAGAUUCAUUCCAGAUUCAGGCGAUAAUUAAGGGGUUGAAACGCUUAUACUUAUACAUUAGGCAUACACUUGAAAAGUACACAUAGGCCUACAGUUAUGCAGUACAUUUAUGAAUAUAUAUACGAGUAGAUGCUGAAAUUGAGAUAAAGGGAGAGAGAGAGAGAGAGAGAGGCAGUAAUGUUUUGACUGUUUGACAAACUGCAUUAGCAUUGAAAUGGUAGAUAUAAAAAUGACAGAAAUCUAAGGAAAGAGAAAUAAUUUUAUGUUUUUUAUGUUUUAGUGUUAUUACUUUUAAAUGACUCUUUAUUCUAACAUCUUUAACUCUGUAGUACUCGAUCUCACUUUAAAGGAAUAAAUUUAU